AAAAAUUAAAAAAAAAAACGAACAAAGAAGAAAAUAAGAAUUAAGAUCGAUACAUAAAAAAAGUAAAGCGAGAGUUAUUUAUCUUAAAAUGUAGAGGAGAAAGAAGAAAAAUUGAAAUUUAAGGAGAGGAUUAAAAGAAAUUAAUUAGCGAACCGAGUUUAUUUAUUUGUGGAAGAUCAAAGUGGUGUAAUUUUUCUUCUUGCGGAUGUGCUGUGGUGUCUAGAAGGAAUUAAAAUAUUACAUCUUAAGUGUUGAAGCAAAUGUAAAAGAGAUGAAAAAAAGUUCUUUUUGAUCCAAAAUAAUAAGUGAAGGCUUUAGAAUCUCCAAUAAUAUCUUAAAAUUAUGAAUAUGAGACGGUGAGGAAGAAGAAAAAUUAAUUAAGGCACGUAGAAAAGUGAAAAAUAAUUUCAUAAUUUUAUGAAUAAGAGCAAAUUUAUAAAAGAAUUAAGGAAAAGAAUUUCUUGGAUUAUUUCGACAUCAAUAAGAAUAUAUAAAAUAAAAAUUAAGGUGUACAUACUCAAGUAGGAGAAAAAAAAGCGAUAACGACAGUAAAAGUGAACUUCAAAACGCAUCUGGAGAGUGGAUGAACAGUCAAAACAUUCAAACACCACCGAGACGUAGUUCAAUUAUACAGCCAGGUUACAUACCGACUGCUGAUAUCAUUAGGAAAAGUAUAAGCCGCUCUUGGACAAUAUCAAACCCCGAAGAGGAUCAAAUACCAAACGGAAAGAACGGCGUCGAUCCAAGAAUUGUUCAUCCGAAUUUGAACUCUCAUGAGCCAAGCAGUUAUCCAAAUCUUAUACGAUUAAAUAAGUCUCCAUAUAAUAGCAAUAUGGAUUUCAAUAAUUCCGAUAAUUACGAACGAACACCGCCGACCCAACGUCGAAUUUUACGACAAUCAACUUUACCCAAUCCCGAUUCCAACUUACACUCGAGUAAUUUAAAAAUACCGUCACCAACGAUACAAAUGAGCCCACAAUAUAGUCCCUAUCAUACAGAUAAUGAGAAUGAACCAGAAAAUGAAACCACAUCAGUGCCAAUACCAGGUCAAAGGUAUCAAAUUCGUAGACAAUCGACACUACCUUGUAAGCAAAAUGAAUUGCAAUCAUCGAAGUUUCUAUCCACAUCCCCAAGUCGCUCAUACUGUCGAUCGCCAGACCCAAGUGCCGACAGCGAGCACACAUCACGUUAUCCACCAUUUGUACGUCAAUCAACAUUUCCAUCUAAUAACGGAACGACAGAAUAUCAUCAACGUCAAUUGCCAACAUCACCGAAUCGUUUAAGUGUCAAUAAAUCACCAGAGAGUUGUGGUGAGAAUGGUGCCGUAUCACCGAGACGUUUUAUGCGACAAACGACAUUACCAAAUCCAGAUCAGCAUGUUAAAUUAUUGCCAACAUCGCCACCCAAAAAGUCGCCUCAAUUUAUAAAGCGCUCGCCAGAGUUCCAACGACAAAAUACCAUAUCGAAUCCAGAGGGUAUGAGCACGCUGUCCGUACACGGACCAAAGUUUCUUCCGAUCUCACCACGUCAAAAGCAAAAUUUCCUCUUUCCUCAACCAGCACCGAGGACAUUCCUAUCGCAACAGCAUUUUCCAACGAUGAAUGAAGACCAACCAGUGACAGUUCAACCACAGCAUCCACAAUCAAAAAUGAUUAAAGUUCGCAGUCAUAGCAAUGAAGAAUACAGCUUUAGUCGUACUCUUCUACCACCAUCACAACAAGAAGGUCGUCGACUAUUGCCUGAAAUUCCAAAUCGUGCACGCUCACCAAGUCGUCUUGUGCGACAAGAUCAUGUAAAGGAUGAAGGCGAGAAGCGUUCACCAAUCUCAAAAACAUUUGCUGAGGCAAACCAGACACUGAAUGAGGAAUAUGAGGAAUCAACAAUUUAUGAGACACAAUAUACAAGUGAGUACAGUGAAUUGAGUUCGACAUUUGCUGAAGCUGAUGAAAAUAAUUAUACAGAAGAUAAUGAAUAUGAUAAUAUACAACAACCACCACCAGAAAUUGACCCAACUCUUGUUCAAUUUGCAGCCGAUAUUACAUCCACAUUUCAUUUUGAGUCUCAAACCCGAAAGACACCACAUAAUAUACGCAGUACUGACAGCUACUUAAAUGACAGCUCAUCAGAAUAUUGUACACCGGAAGAUUACAUUAAGCAGGCUCAAAAGAAUCGUAAUCGCCGUCGGAAGUCAAGGGAGCUUCCUGAUCCGGAGGUAAUUAUUUCCUCAACUGAUGAAGAUUGUAGGCGUCCAAAGCCUGAAACAAUGAGAUCUGUAUCAGAAGAUGCAUGUCCGAAACCAAUGAAGACAUUACCGAGACGUUCAUUCUCGCAGCCGGAAAAUCAGACACAAAAGAAGCUUGACAGUCCACAGCUUCCAUCACCAAAAUUAUUGUCGCAAAAUAAAAUCUCAUUGAAGAAAGCAGAUGAAUUACAGCCGGAUAAAGUUGAUGCAGCACAAUCAUCAGUGCCUAAAAAACCUGUGUAUAGAUUCCCAAAAAUGUUAGAAAUGCGUGGUGACUCGAAAAGUUUUGAUGCUGUCGUUCGUCAGCUGAUUAAGACGGAAAAUAAAGAAAAUGAGGAUAAGUCACAGUCGAUGGACGACAAUUUGUUUAGUGAUAAAAAGGAGCACAAAACCACAUUAAACGAAGCAGAAAUUCAGAAUGCAGUGGAGCAAGCAGCAGGCCUGUUUAAAAAAGUCGUCCUCCAACGCAGAAAUGAGAAAAAGCCAAGAGAAGAUGGUGAAAUGAUCAGCACCACAUUUGCCGGUAAAAGAAGUGAAGAGAAUUCUGAAACGGAAAUGAGAUUCCCAAUUGUGGACAGUGAUGAUUAUCGUUUGGUUUUUAUUAGUUCCGACUCGUCUGAAAAGGAGGACGACUACGAUGAUUCCAGUUCAACAACAUCGUCGAUCGCAACAAAGUGUAGUAUAAUAUUUGAUGAAUGUGACUGGGACUACUUUGAGCCAAGCAUUACAACAAGUACGUCAGCAGCAGCAACAACAGCAAAGACAUUAUUGAAAGACUUUACAUCAACAAAUAUGUCCCCAUUCAGCUCACCAUACUCGUAUCGACGUCGUUUUAAUUCAAGUCCAUUGAGUAGUCCACUUUCAUGUCGUCGUGGCUUGUCAGAAUCGCCAUUAUCCAUGAGAAAAUAUCGUGAAAGUGACACUGGUACAGAUGAAGAGAUUUUAAAUUUUGAGAGCUCCUCGCCGACUUCGUCUGAAGGAUUUUUACCAAUUGAGUAUUUGAAGGUGCUCAAGAAGAGCCAUAAAUGUGCAACAUCCAAAAAGAAUGUCUGUAAGUGUGGAAAAUCGCCACAUUAUGUCGCAAUCCCCGUGCCAAUUUUAGUACCAAUGGAUACAUUCCGUAAUUGGAAUAAUGUCAAUAAUCCUGAUCUACUUCAAUUACUUAACAAUACAUCAACAUUCAUUCACCAACACCAACAAAAUAGUAGUGGCCAAAGUAGUGACGUCACCAAUACAUCAACAGAGAAUGUAAUGAAAGAAUCAGUAAAAGUAGCAACAACAGCAGCUCAGUAUCAACAGGUUAUGGGAGAAAAAUUACCUGAAAAAGACGAAGAGAAAGAAAAGAAAAGGCAAAAAAUUGGCGAUGUAUCCAUAACGUCCAACAUCAUCAGUAGUAAUUCAAGCACUAUACAGUCAAGACGUAGUUCACGAAAUUUACAACAAACAACAGCGACUUUUUAUGAUAACGAAUGUGAUAACACGAACGAUAAUAAUUAUAUUAAGGGACAACAGUUGAAUCAUAAAGGUGCCUUAUCUAAAAUCAGGAAGUCCGAAAACCGAGACAUUAUUGUGGAAAAAGUAAAUAACAAUAGUGAUAAUACAUUUGGCAGUUGUAAUACUAUAACACACCUUAAUGAAACCAUAAAAAUUACUAGCAAGCACGAAGCACACACAUGCGAUAAAAGUGCUAUACUUAAUGGUGUUAGUGCAAAGCCAUAUACGAACAAUAAUUUAAUUAAACUUGCUGCGAGCAGUUGUUCUUCAAAUGCGAUACAAAGCACAUCGUUAAGUGGUACAAUGAUUACGGUCGGGAAACUUAAGAAGACAUUAGAAAAUGGCACAGACAAUGAUGAGGGCUACUUAAUCAGUGAAAAUGCAUUUUCAUCCUCAUCUGAUGGAGAAUCAUGUGAUGAAGAUGAUGUUAAGAAUAAUAAUAAUAAUAAUGCAGGCCCCUCAAAAUCAGUGCAAAGAAGUUACGAUGUGGCAGGCUCUGCACAAGUUGAAAAUAUUUUAGAGACAAUACCAAAUGUUAGUAGUGAUGCUGACAGUUCAAAUCGUGAAGAUGAUGUGACAAGUGGAUCUGGUGCGACAGAUUCAGAGGAUACAGGAAUUGACGAUCGACGAUCAAAGUCGAAAAGAUUCACAAAAGUUUUUGUUGUUAAUAAAAAUAUAGACAAUUCUGAGACAGACUCUUGUAGCUCAGUCAAUGCUGCUCUAUCGACAUCCUCGUCUGAGGAAGAAGAGGACAUGUUCGACAAUGAUACAGACACAGAUGGUAUAAAAUUAAAUUACAUGAAGCCCUUAGAUGUAGAUCAAAUUGACCAUGAAAAUACAUCCGAACAGGAAAUUGUAUUGAAUUAUUUUAAAUUUAUUGACGACGAUGAUGAUGAUGACGACUAUAAUGUUGAUAACAUUAGUGAUGAUAAAAAUAUUGUAUUAAAUUCUAUAAAAUCUAUCAAUGAUAACGAAUUAAUUGUCGUUAACCAAUACACUGAUAAAGUACACGAUGAAAACAAAAACAGUAGGGAAUGUGAAAAAGUGAAUGGCAAUAGCGAUGAUAAAAAUAAGUCAAAUUUACCUUCGAAUCGUGAUGAAUGUGCAAAUCAAGUGAUUGCCGAAUUUGAUGAAAUCGUCUCAAAUUGUGAUAGUCUUGAGCCUAAAAAAAAUAAUAAUAAGACAGAUGGUGAAUUUCAAAUGGACUCAAUGGAUGUUAUUAUGAAUAAUUUAAAUUUGAGUGACGAUAAAAAGUGCAAUUUAGCUCCAAUUGUAAGUUGUAAUCUCUCAAUGAUCCUCAAUGGAUCAUAUGAUAAAAGAAAUGUAGCGACAAGUGACGUGAAAACGAGUUCUACCAAAGAAGAAGUCGAAAAAGUAUUGAAAAAAAUUGAAAGUCCAUUGAAUCCAAGUCUCAAUGAUGAUCGUGAUGAUGGUGAGAGAAUACGAGAGAGCCAUGACACAACAUUGUCGACAGAGUCGGAUUUGCAGACAUCGACUGUUGUUGUUGAGAUUAAUGAAAAUAACGAUAAUGUACCACAAGCAAUAAAAACAAGUUUACACACAUACAUGGACAUGUUGAAUGCUUCAUCAGCAUUAACAUUACCGAACGAUCAGUUUGAGCAACAGCAGCAACAACAUUCACCGACAGAUACAGGUAAUAGCAACACAACAAUGGAAAAUAAUUCAAGUGUGAAGCAAAAUGUAAAUGAAGAAAUAGCAAUAGCACAAGAAUUACUGAAUACUGAGAAUGCUUUAGUCUCGAGUCAACGAUUCAACAGUACGGACGGCAAUGGUAAAUUUACGAGCUUAGUCAUGAUCACACAACAGGAUAAUGCAAAUAAUAAUAACUACGCGAUGGAUACGACAUCAUCAGAAACUCACGUUAGUGUAAUCACAUCAGACACUACAAAAAUAAUUACUGCAAAUUCGUCAUCGCGCGAUUCAAUUGUCGUGCAACAUAGAAACUGGCAACCUCGCGAUCUUUUGUCAAGUGGCACAAGUGUAAAAAGUAAAAUUGGCUUUUAUGAAGAAAAUAUAAAUAAAGUGAAGGAAAAGCCGAGCUUAAAAAUUAGAAAUGCGCCAAAUAGUGAAAAGUUAACGGGCAAUAUUGAAAAUGAAAAUGAAAUUAAUUGUAAUGAUUUAGAUGUUGAUGAAUAUGAUGAUGAUAUGAAAAAUAAUGAAGUGAUGGCGCCAAAGUGUGAAAAAAAUAAAAAUAAAAAUAGUGAUGACGUAAAAGUGAUAACAGACCAGAAAACAUUAUCAAAUGUUGUUUAUCAAGAGGAUGGAUUAGCUGAUGAUGAUUCGUGGGUGGAAGAAGUAAGUCAGCAUGAUGAAGAGGAAUUUCCAACGACUGAAACUGGAAGUGACUUCGAUUCUAGUGAUGAAAUGUCACUAAGUAAUGGAAUGGAUCGCGAAGAGGAAUUGCGUGGAUAUAAUCGAGUAUCAAUUGACUUUACACUUCAUACGAUUGUUGAGGAAUCGUGUGAGGAAUCAGAAUAUGAAUCAAGUGAUCGUAGAAGUCAAAGACUUAAUGCCUCUGAGCUUGAAAAAUAUUUCUUCUUUGGAUUAGGCGAUGGUAACAAUCAGACAAGUAGCAUAAGCAGUAAUGCUAUAAUAAUUGACGAUCAUGAUGAAAGUCCAUCGGAAACAUCAAGCAUUUGCAGUGAAGGCUUAGAUUCAUUAAAUACUGCCGAUGAUAAUCCAGCCGAUUGUGGACAACUUGCAUCGUCAAGACUUGAAAAAUAUUUCCUUAGCGGAUUUAUGGGUUUUCAAAAUGAUGGGAAUGGUGAUACGGAUGGAUCAGGAAGUGUUGGAAGUGAUUCAGAGGGUCGACCAAGUCCUGAACAAAGACGAAAGAAACUUGUACGUGCACGAGGUACAGGUAGAUCACAUAGCUCAUCACUUGACAAUCUUUUAGCAAAAGAAGAAUCUCAAGAAAAUCAAAAUGACAGUCAUCAGCAAGAAUCUGACAAUUCAUCAGAAACGACAGACAAUUGUGAUGAUCCAUUCGAUAAGACUGAAAAUCAUUCGGAUACUGUAAAGCGAAAGAAAAAAGUAAAGAAACCAGAAACAGACGAUACAGGAAAUACGAAAAAGACACCGGAAGUUGAAAUUGUUGAUCCUUCCGAUGAGUCCGAUGAGGACGACGAAAAUGGACGAAAAACACCACAGCCAGAAUUCUUGAUGCCAGCCAAUAGUAACCUCGUGCAAUCGCGUAAGCAACACAGUCGUGAUAGUGGAUUUAUUGGUUCGAAUGAUGAUUUAUUAAAAUCCGAUGGACAAAAGUCACCGGAAACGAAAACAGAAUUAGAAGAAAUUGAGGAAGAAAAUAGAGAGGCAGAACAGCCAACAAUAAAUGAAAAGCCAACGACUGCCUCAACAAAUCUUAUGCGUAAAGAUAGUUUUAAUGCUUGGAGCUCAGACGAGGAAACAAAUUUAAUGAUGUCCAAAAUGAGACAAUUCUUCAAGUCACUCGUCGCUGCCAAUGCAAAUAAUAAACGCAAUACAGCAUCCAAUGAUGUUGUAACAGCUGGAACGCCAAAGUCAAAACAAAGACAACGUCCACCACAAUUAGUAUAUUUUGAAAAUGAACUGACAAGAUUAAUGAAGACUGUACCAGGAAUUAAGGAUGAACAAGUCAAGGAGCUUGUUGAAUAUUUCAGUUCUGAAGACACUUGGUCUGAUUCCUAUGAUUCAAGUGACUAUACAAGUAGUGAUAAGGAAUCAGCUGGAAAGAAAUCAUCAAAGAUUCAGCAACAAAUUUCGGCAAGUUGUCAGGAAAUAAUUGAAAAAUUCGAUAGUACAUCAAGAAUAGCUCAACAUGAUGAGGAAGGUGAUAUGGGCGAUGGUGGUGUACUUGAAGAAGGAAUUAAUAAAGAAACUGCCUUUGUCUACCAAAAAUUAGUGGCAUCGAUUACAAAAAUAGCAGAUGAAAAGCCACCAAAUAACAUUACUAAUUCACCUCCGAUUAUUGCAAAAGUCAUGCAUCAUAUUGGUUCACGAUUGGUCGCAUUAAUGCAUGAAGUGAGCAGUGGUGAUUCAAUGAAAAGCAAUUCGCCAAAACAAACGCGUCAUCAUCGACGAUUACAAGGUAAAAUAUCCGCUACAACAACAGAUGAUGACAGCACAUCGGAGAGUAAUUUUGAAGAUCCGACAUUAAAUAAUUUGCCACGAUCAAAAAGCCAUGAUUUACUGUUAGACGGAAAACCAACACAAGAUCAUUUGACGACUGAGGAGCAUGCCAGUGACUAUGAUAGAUUCUCGUGGCGAGGAAGUUUCGAGUCCGCUCUCCUCACAAAUUGCGACUCACGAAAUAAACUUUCAGCUUUAGAAAAUUCCUCAUCAGCAAUGUCCAUUUUAGCUGCAAAACGUCGCUCAGCUGGCGAUUUAUUAUUUACUCCUAAAAGCCUUAGUCGUGAGCAGCUUGAUCGUGUACGAUCAUGCGGUAGUAUUGGUGGCGUUGAUCAUGAUAUAGAAAAUUCAAAAUUAUGGGAAUCAACGCAGAGUCAAGAGAGCUCAAGGAAACGUAAUGGAAUUAUUGAAGACGAUACAGACGAGUCGAGUGAUAAUGAUCAUCAUAGAUUAACAACGACUCGUUCAACGUUGCCAAGAAGUCUGCAAAUGUCUACAAUUACGGCCAGUACAACGAACUCUCUUCCACGUCUACCCACAUCUUCAUCAAAUAUUCAAUCCUCUUCAUCAUCGUCUGGUGCAAUACAAAAAGCACAAAGUGUUUAUCAAUUCCUACAAAAUAAUGUUAAAAGUGCACGUUAUCGUGCACCAGGAUUUAAUCGCCCACUAACAGCUCCAAAAAGAGCAGUUUCUGCACCAGGCUUACAACCAUUUAUAACACGUCGUGAUCGUCGCAAUAAAGUUCAAUCACUUACUAUGGACGAGCAAAAUACACCAGAACACACAAGUUCACCGGUAAUCGGAACUAAGAAUAUCGGAAAUACACUCACACCUAGCCAUAAAACAGUAUCACCAUCAUCACCAGCUACAGAUCCAUGGCCAUCACAAUCGGAUGAGGAUAUUGACAGGCUCGUUGCCAUGCACCAGAAUCGACAUAAUUCUCUUAGUUCAUUAGGGUUACGAUCCGACUCAAUGGCAAGUGUCUAUUCAGGAGCUGGAGAGGGUCGUUAUGGUACCGUGCAAGUCAAAGGCAUGGUUGAAUUUGGAAUGCAAUACAAUUACAAACAGUGUGCUCUCGAAAUUCAUGUGAAGCAAUGUAAAGAUCUAGCAGCAGUCGAUACGAAGAGGAAUCGUAGCGAUCCCUAUGUUAAGGUCUAUCUCUUGCCCGACAAAACAAAGAGUGGAAAGCGAAAAACCAAAGUGAAGAAGCAUACACUAAAUCCAGUAUUUGAUGAAGUAUUACGCUUUUAUAUGUCACUUAGUAGUCUCGAAUCGAGAACAUUGUGGCUCACAGUCUGGCAUUCCGACAUGUUCGGUAGGAAUGAUUUUCUCGGUGAGGUCAUGAUUAGCUUACAGAAUAAAGUAUUUGACAAUCCUUUACCACAAUGGUAUCAACUUGAAGAGAGGAGUGAGCCAUUCGAGGACGUGACAACUUAUCGUGGCGACAUAAUUGUCGGUUUAAAGUUUAUUCCUGGUAAUGAAUCAUCAAGUUCGUCGCACUCGCAUGGAUUGAGUUUAAGGAAGUUUAGUAUUAAAUCAAAUUCAUCCGCAAGCAGUUCUGGCAACAAUAAUGGUUCGAGUGUCUCAACAACAUGCUCGAAAAACACUAAGGGAUCAUUGCACGUAUUAGUGAAAGAGGCAAAACAUCUUUCGCCGGUAAAAGCGAAUGGAAAUUGUGAUGCAUUCUGCAAAAGCUAUCUUCUUCCCGAUAAGAAUCGAAGCUCAAAGCAGAAAACACAAGUAAUAAAAAGAUCGACAAGUCCACAAUGGAAUUACACAUUUGUCUACGAAGAUUUAACACUGGCCGAUUUAUCGGAACGCGCAUUGGAAUUAACAAUAUGGGAUCAUGAUCGACUGGCCAGUAACGAAUUUCUAGGUGGCGUGAGAUUCUCAUUAGGAACCGGUAAACACUACGGACGACCUGCCGAAUGGAACGAUGCGAAUGGAAAAGAAUUAACAUUAUGGCAAGCGAUGAUUAAUAGACCAAAUUUCUGGGUUGAAGGAUGUCUCGCAUUAAGGUCGUCAUUAGAAAACCGACUAGGCUCUUAAAGCGGAUCUUCCUACGAUACAUACAACUUCCCUCCUCUUAAGCAAUUUCUUUUUGACAUUUCACAAUCAGCAAUAAACUUUUUAGCUUCUUCAUACUUGAUGAAUGAAAUCAAUUUUUUUUAAAGAAGUUCUUAAGAUAUUUUGAUAGACAUAUCUUAUACCUAUAACUUAUUCGAAAAUAUAAAAAGUUUACAUUCAAAAAAAUGAUAAAUUAUACGACUUUAAUUUACUUUCCUUUAGGCAGAGUGGAUAUAAAAAAAAUCUUAAGAAAAGUUAAAUUAAAUGAAAAUUGAAUAUUGAAUAUUGAAUAUUUAUAAGAUGAAAUGAAAAAUAAUUAUUAUUGAUUUAGAUCAAAUAAAAAAAAGUGGACAAAAAAAAAGUAAUCCAAAUUAAAAGUAGUUGUGAAUUAUUGAUGAAAUGAAUGGAUGAGGUAGGACAAGACUUGGAAGCUCGUUUAAAAUUCCAAAAUUUAUUUUAAAGAUAAUUUAAUUUUUCAUUAGCAAGUUGAGAUUUUUAUAGGUUGAUGAAGAUCUGAGGAGAUUAAAUGAAUUGUUGGCAGAUCCAUUGGUUGUUGUUGUUGAUUUUUAGAUGAAUAAGAUUUCAAAAGAAAGGAUUUUGCUUCGUUGAGUGUAGGAGUUUGGUAUGCAGGCUAGAUUUCAAAAGUAUUUAAAAUGUUCAAUGAUUUAAACACUUGGAAGGAUUUACAAAACAAAUGUUUGGUUCUUCCCAGAAAGUUUUAAUGUUUAAGAUACCAAGUGUAGCUAGUUCUUUGAGUUUCUCCUUAAUCUUUCUUCGUUAUGUCCUUUAGUGUUGGUUUCUAAGGAAGCCAUUAUCAUUGUAUAUUAACAGGAGUAGAUUCGGUUAUUUGAGAGAUUGUGUUUUAACCUGUUCAUCGUUUAGAAAGAAAGCUAAACUAGAAACUGGUCCUAAGAUAGCUUUAACAAUAUUUUAAAGCAAGAAUCAAUAUAGAAGAUAGUUUUAAUACACCAAGGAUGAGCAGCCUUCCCUAGACCACUAGUUUUAGGCAGUAAAGAUAGAACAUUUGCAUAUUUACUUGCCACUUUAACUUAGAUGAUCUAAAUUUGUACUUUUUGGUCAUCAUUUUUGAAAUGCAUAGCUUGAUCUUUGAAGAAGCCGUUUAGAAGAACCAAGACACUUGCUGUUGUGAGUAAACACAUUCCAGAAAAUAAAUAAGGAAUUUACUCAAACUUUCAAGCCUUGUCAAGUCCUGAACUUUUUUGAAAAAUUUUUUUCUUAGUCAUUUUGAUGCAAUUAAACAAAGAAUGAAGAAGUUUAUAUUAUCAGAAUAAGUAGAAAUGAAGAAAUAAAUUCCAAAUAGAUAAUGAUGGAAUCAACUAAUCUUAUGAAAAAAUUACAUGUUUAGUAACUAUUAAGGAUGAUAAAAAAAAAUGUAAAUUUGAAAGAAAUAAGAAAUUGAACUUAAUUGUGAUCAAAAAAAGAAUUAAAAAUAAUAAAAAUGAAUGAAUAAAGUAAAAGAAACCUACAACUAGGAAUAUUAAUUAAACUAUGUGUCACCUCUCCUAUAUGAUAUAUAAAUACCCAAUUAAAUGAGUAGAAAUAUAAUAAUUAUAUUGACAUUUCGUUUCUAUGAAAUACUAUUUUUACUAAGCAUAUGUAGAAAUAAUAUUGUGUGUCUUUUUCUUUACUGUUCAUUCAUUCAUUUAUUUAUUCAUUUCUCUGUUAAUUGUGCAAGUUCUCAUUCAAAUUUUGAAUGAGCAACAAAUAAGAAAUUCAAAGGUCAGAAGAAAAUUUGUAGAGGCAGUCGUUACAGGAACUAUUGAGAUUUUGGAUUUUUUUUUUGAAUUAAAUUUUGGCUUAAAUCUUAUCCUAGGAAUGAAAUUAGAUGUACUCCAAUGAAAUUGGAUGUAUAAAUAAAAUUUGAGUUCACCAACUAUAGCUAGAAACCGAAAAUUAGAUAGAGGCCGUUCAUUUAUAUCAUCUAAAUGGGUGGUGGGGGGGGGGGGGGGGGG